GACAGUGACAAAUGACGUCAGGUAAUUGAAAAGUUGUAAGUGAAAGCUGCGCUGCCGGAGAAAUUAUUGUAGCAAAUUAAUUUAAGUGUUCGUUAUUUAAUAAGAUUAUUAAAAAUUCAGUGGAAAUUAUUUUAAACUGUUAACAUUUCUCGGUUGAGUAGCUCUUCAUUAAUUGUUCCUCGUUUUCGUGGUUUGCUGAACUCCUCUUAUUUGACAGAUGUUUACGGUUCUUUGCAUUGGAAAGUGUCCUGUUUGAAAUAUUACAAUAUCAUGUUUAUUAAUAAUUUUUAUUAUAAAACAAUAACUUCUUGUGCAUAAUGAGUGUUUUAAAUGUCGAGAAAUAUUAAUGUGUCGGACUGUUACACCGAAAGACCAAUACAGGAAGGAAAAUAACAAAUCAAAAUGCCAAGGAAAAAAUGAACGAUGACGAUAGUUUGCCCACAUGGCGAUUGUGGGGCGAAGAGAAAGCGGAUGGCGCCCUCUACACAGUUUACCUCAAGAAAGUACGUUACCAUCGACCUACAAGAAGCUUGUCAUCUUCGCAUUCAGACUCCGACGAUGAAAUAUCCCACUUAGAAUGGGAAACGGUUCGAGUACGUUUUGUUAAAGCCGGUACUUUGAAAAAAUUAGUCGAAGCUCUUUCUACCGAUGAUGGAGAACUCGAAACAACUUAUAUUAAUGUAUUUCUGGCAACUUACAGGAGUUUCUCUACACCAAAAGAAGUAUUGAAGCUUCUGUUGGAAAGGUACGCCGAAUUGGCCGGAACGCAAAACGGAAAACCGGAUCAACACGAACAACAUCGGAAAACUUUAAUUUCUGCUUUACACGUAUGGCUAGACAGUUACCCGGAAGAUUUCAAAGAUCCGCCAAAUCAUUCCGCCCUUCGUCAGCUGCUACAUUUCUGUGAAGAAUAUCUACCUUCUACUGAGCUGGAUGCCAAAGUACGACAUAGAAUAGAAAGAUAUACAAGAGAAGCUCAAGUGGACCCCCUUGCUGCUCCCCCUCCAGCGUUUGCUAUGCGAUCAGUAGCAGCUGGAUGGAGGGUUUACAAAUUACCAGAUGUACCUGUACGCCAUUUUGCGGAACAACUCACAAGGAUGGAUGUGGCUUUAUUCAAGAAGUUAGUACCUCAUCAAUGCCUGGGUGCUGUUUGGUCUCGAAGAGAUAAAAGUAGAUCCCACGAGGCUGCUACCGUCUUAGCUACAGUUAACCAAUUUAACGCGGUAUCGUUCCGAGUGAUAUCCUCGAUUCUAGUCGAUCCAAGUUUAAGAUUCAACGAGAGAGCAGCCGUUAUUUCCACGUGGAUAGACAUCGCGCAAGAAUUGAGGCUCAUCAAGAAUUUUUCCAGCUUGAAAUCAAUUAUUAGUGGGUUGCAAAGUAACCCCAUUUACAGGCUACAAAAAACUUGGCAAACUAUUCCUAAAGAAAAAAUUGAAUUGUUUGAUGAACUGGCACGGAUAUUCAGUGAAGACAACAAUCAAAUGACACAAAGGGAAUUACUUAUGAGGGAAGGUACCGCCAAAUUUGCUGAUACUUUCGGUGAAAACGACAAACAUUUACAAAAAGUAUUCCAAAAACAAAACCAUCACGUAGCGAAUAUUUCUUUUGGAACUAUACCAUAUUUGGGUACAUUUUUGACGGAUCUCACCAUGAUCGAUACUGCCAUACCGGAUACCAUAUCUGAUGGAUUGAUUAAUUUCGACAAGAGGAGGAAGGAGUUCGAGGUUCUCGCUCAGAUCAAGUUACUGCAAGGUGCCGCAAAUGCUUAUCAUUUUACCGAAGAUCCGGCAUUUGAUAGAUGGUUCGAUACAAUUCUAGUAUUGGAUGAUAGAGAAGCUUAUCAACUUAGUUGUCAAAUCGAACCUUCAAACAACGCCAAUAAUUCCAAAACUAAAAGACGUACAUCGGGACAUCAGAAAAACGAUUCUAUAGCUAGUACUUCAAGUAGUAAUAGCUCACAGUUUUAUUGCGAUAUCGACAGUACACCGAGUUCACCACAUAAUAGUUUGGAAAGAAAAUUGAGUCCGUCUCAGAUGUCGAACUCGAGCAGUAACUCCUCGUUACCUUCGCUGGAUGUGUCACUUAAUAGUUCACAUUCAGGUAGCGCCAAUAAUAAACUUCAGGUACCUCCUAACCAUAAUAGUUCAGGAACAUUAAGCAACCAAUCACAGAAGAGUAAUCCGGAUUUUUACAUAAUAAAAGUUACAUACGAAACUGACAGUGUAGAAACGGAUGGCAUAGUCCUUUAUAAAAGUAUAAUGUUGAGUAACAAUGAAAGGACGCCUCAAGUGAUCAGAAACGCCAUGUACAAAUUAGGGUUGGAGGGAAAUCCGGAUCAAUACACGUUAGCUCAAGUUUUACCAGAAAAAGAAAUGGUUCUACCUCCAAAUUCCAAUGUGUACUAUGCGGUCAACACCCAGUACAAUUUGAAUUUCAUCCUACGUCCUAAAAAGUCCGAGGAAAAGGACACUACUCAAGGGAAAAACUCAAAAAGCAAAUAUAAGUUAUAAGAUUUUUAUAGUUCAAUGUAUUUGAUAUUCGAAAUAGUGAUUUUUUUUGGGAUAUUGUGAAUUUUAUUUAUAGUAUCUGUUUUUCAUGAAAUUUUUAUUAAAAAUGGUGAACAUUACAAAAGACAAUUUGUCUAAAGGGUAAAAACAUUGUUUUAGAAUCAAAAUUAAUAUUUAUUAGGGGUAUAAAUAGAAAUUCAUAUAAACGUCAGAUCUUAAUCCCUCACAUACAUUUUUUAUUCUCAUAUAAAAAAUGUUUUCUAAAAUUUAUUCUUCAUUUUGUAUGGAUUGUAAUAUGUUAUAAAGAUAUAGAUCAUUUUAUAAAAUAUUGUUUGUGAAAAACAGAUACAUUCAGGUUUCUAUUAUUUUUUUCUUAUAUACUGACUGACUCAAAAAAAGUAAACACCUGUAAUUUUUAAAAACAUAUUAAGUACUUCUGAUCAUAUUUUCAACUUAACUCAACAAUAUCUUUUAGGCUUAAGUUCGACUCUUUUAAAAUCUGCUACAAAAUUCUCAGCCUGUAAUUAUUUCCCUGGCCUUCUCAAUUGUAAAUAGGUCAGGCGAUAUUGAUGGCCACGGUGAAUGGUAUAGAUUCUAAUGGCUAAAGGAUUUAAUAAACUUAACACUAAAUUACUGACAUAAGAGAUAUAUUUGUCAGUGACAUAAAAUAAUAACAGAAGGUAUCACAGCAAAGGGAAGUAGGUCUUCUUUCACAUUGGAAUUUGCUGCUAAAAGAAUUCGGAAUGAUUGUGAAAUGAAAAAUAUUUUUACUAUCCAUUUUUUUAUUAUAUUUAUUGACUUUUUAGAAUGUAAAAAAAUUUCAAUUUCAAUAAAUUACAGGUCGAAAAAGUGGGGGGCUACAAAAAACGGUGCACCCUGGUUGACAUGAUUCCAACCCUUGCAGUGAUCUGGAACAAAAAAAUUUGAAAAAUUCUAAAUCUGUAAAGAUGUAUUUUAUUUUAAAACCCAAGGCAAACGCGAUUGAGAGAUAUCGCACCUCCGCUGAAAUAGUGUCAUAAGUCAACAAAUUAGAAAAUCUCUUUCGUUGUACUAUUGGUGCUAGAAAACUUGAAAUCUUAUAAUCUGGGUUAAGUUACUAGUUACUAUUGUGAUAACUUUGUAAGUUUUUGAAUUAUUAUGUGUAAAGAGAAAAAUUAAUUUCAAAAACUUAUUACUCGAUAGUUUUUUUUGACUUAUGACAAUAUUUAAGCGGAAGUGCGAUAUAAAAAAGAUUUCUACCAAAUUUCAAAGGAAUCGGUCGGGUACAAUUUGAAAUAACAAGGGUGUUAACUUUUUUUGUCAAUUAGUAUAAAUUUGUAUAUUUGUGAGCUGUUUAUGACAAAUAAAUCCAAGAAACAAAUAACAACUGUGAUAAAAGCACAAAAAUACUCUUUCUUCAUCACAAUUUUGUGGUAAUUUUUAGUCGAACUAAUAUAUUUUAACAAAUUAAAUUGUUUUUAGUAAAUAUUUAUUAUUUUGAAGCGGAAUAAAACGUGCUUUCAGCUUUUAUGUAAUAUUUGGAUUACUUCAGACACGCCGAUUAACCCCUAAGUAUAUAUCAAAAUAAUUUACUGCAAAAGAAGUAGAUUAGAUGCAGUUUGACUGAUUAAUAAAUUUUCGGUUCACUUUGUGUCUUUGGAGGUAUCAUUAUCGAAAAUAAAUUACAGUUGGACUGAUGGAUAUCAGUGUUAUUGUAUUAAUAUAUUUACGGGUGUGAAUCUCUGCGUUUCAUUAAAAAUCCUGCUAAAUUUUUAUAUACAGUGUGUUUAAUACUACACUAACUGGCAUAUAAUUGAUCCACUCAAAAAAUCGAAGAAGUUUGUUAGUUAAUUAAUUUACCGCCAUCAGGGUUGGGUAACCUCCAAGAAAGCAGCUGUGAAAUACUGUUUGUUCUCUUUUACUACAUUUGUAACAAAAUUUGAUGAAAUAACUAAUUUAAUAACUUUUGAGUAGAUGAAAUUAUUGACUUUUCGUUUGCUCCGAACAAAUAAGUAUUAAAAAAUGGUGCCAUUUUUUAAAUAUAUUUUAACAAAAUUAUUAAACGCACUGUAAAUUGGAAGUAUUACUAUUAGAUUAUGUCACUAUGUAUAACAUAUUAUAGAUCUGGUGCGGUGUCUGUGGUUAAUAUAAAUUAUAUGCCGAUAUUUCAGUAGUUAAUCGAAAUUUUCCUUUUCAGUCGAUUGAUACUAAUAUCUCAAAAAAUAAUAUAUUAUUGAGCUAUUUUGGGCAAAUUCAAUUAUAAUACUUACCAUUACAUUUUUGCUUUAACGUAAAACUUCCACAAAAUUGCUUUACAGCUCAAAGUAUGUCGAGCUUUCUAGUUGUUUCUGCUCUAACAUUGAAAACUUAUAUAUUAGAUUAUCUUUGAAAGCUGGUUAAUCAUUUAGACACAUGAUAAAUUUCCUCGGUAUCAAGUCUAUUUUCUUGAUAAUUAACGUGUAAAGUUAUGAAAAAUAAUUGAAAGAAAUAUAAUAUAUUACUUCUUAACCCUGUGGGGCGUGUAGUGCUAAUUGAAAUUUUUAAUAAAUUCCUUAUAAAAAGUUUCCAGUCCUCUUUGUCUUGCACCAAAUUUUUGCCGCGACCCAUGAACUUCCCUUUUUUUAAAGAUUUUUCCUUGUCCCAUGUUGCUCGUGUUCUUCAUUUUUUCUGGAAUUUUACUUUCCGAAGUUUUCUUGACUGGCACAAUGUUAUCCAUUCUUUGUAGUGGGCCCCAUUAUCCUAGUGUUUUUCUUUCUAUGACUUUUUGUAUGGGAUCAACCUUUAAAUCUUCUUUUUUAUGCGAGUUUAUAUUUUUUUUUGCGAGCCUCUUAUUUAAUGGAUAGUAAACCUUGUUCGCCUUCUCUAUUCCAUUGUUUAAUUCUAAGUCCCGUUUUUUGUUUCUUCCAACAUGAUUCUAGGUUUUGAAUGCCAUUAAACUCCUCCUCAAACCUCAUUUCAAUUUUUCUUUUUCUUUUUUCACUACCAUUUCACUGGUUUUCUUUUUGGUAAUUUUCAUUCCGUUUUCUAUUAAUAUUUGGUUCCAGUUGUUUGAAUUUUCUUGUAGAUCCUUCUGAUUUUCUGCUAUGAUUAUUAUAUAUAGGUUUGGUUUCCUUUUUUCGCUUCUAAUUAAUUCCUACAUAGUAAUAAUGGACUCAAACUGACUGUUAGUUGCAUUUCUUGUGUUAUGAUCAUCUCCAAUUGCAUGUUUCUACUUUUUAACUUACUUUUCGUUUCAUUCUGCUAUCAUUUCUUAAUUGUUUCAUAUUUUCGUUCGUGGGAUUUUAUCGAAAGCUUUUUCCAAGCCUAAGACUGGUUUGGAUCUUGCCAUUAUCCUACAAAUGAUUUCUUUUAUAAUCAACAUAUGAUCUUCUGUUUUUAAGAAAUCCACUUUGCAUCUCUAUAAAAGAUGAUUCUAUUUUAGCUCAGUCUCUUUUCAAUUAUUUCUUAUUUUAAAAGAUGAUUCUUCCAACUUAAUUUCCUUUUUUGCUAGACAUACAACAUUCUGUUGAAAGUUUAGAAUCACAAAUUUGAUAUUAAAAACAUCAGACUUUGGUAGGUAACGGUUUUUGUUGUCUAUGCCAGAAAUAUAAGUAGCAACCCUCGUAUAGAACAUCUUGGUUCAGUAAAGUACAUUAACAGUCACUGUCAUGUUUUAUCCUUGAGCAGCGCUUCUCAAUAAUUCAUUAUUUUAGCAAGGAAAGGCAGCACUCAUUUGGAAAGGAUUUUUUUAAUUAUCAAAAGCUCUUGGAAAUUGGUAACCUCCCUUCCAUUUGACAUCUUCGUGAUGUCUAUUAUCGCUCCUAAUUUUAUUUUCACAUAGUACCUUUUUUGUUUCUUGGCGUAACCACCUUAUUUGGGCGUCUUCAUCGUUGAGCAUUAUUAUUUCUUGUUCACUUUUAUGCUCCUUUAGUUUCUUAUCACGAUAUUCAGUAUUUUUAUGUUUCUUGGUGUAAACACUUCUUUUGGGCGUCUUCAUCGUUGAGCAUUAUUAGUACUUGACCACUUUCAUACUCCCCCAGUUUCUCAUCACGAUGUUCAGUACUUUUGUUGUUUCUUGGGGUACCAUCUCUUUCGGACUUCUUCAUCGUUGAGCAUUAUUGGGACUUAACCCAAUACCAAUAAAUAACUAUUGAGUCUCUUGGAGAAAAAUUUGACAGUUACCAUUUGAAAGUCAAUAAGUGUAAUAACUUUUAUUGUAUACUUAAACUAUAAAUUGAAUAGGAAUGUUUGAAAUUCAUUUAAUAAGUGUUGUUAUAACGAGGAGUCUCGUUUUAACUCUCCCGCUUCCAUUUGAGUCCUGUGGGGUAUCAUUUUAUCAUGAAAAGUAGAUAUAACAUCUCACUAUUGAAAUAUUGGCAAUCUUGAAUGUAUAGAACAGUGAACGAUUAGCUUUAAACUAGAAUUGAGGUCGAUGUAUAGAAGUACUAUAGUAGUAGUGGUAAAGUACUGAUUAUAUAAAGUCAAUUUUAUCAUAUUAGGACUAUUUGUUUCCCAAGUGACCAAGUGUUUUGUGACACUUUUUUCUUAAGGAAAUAAAUUUUUGUAAAAAUUAUGUAACCCCUAUUGGUACUUAAAGUGUAAAUAUACUUUUGUAACAUUGCAAGAAGAUUUAUUUUUAUUGUAUUUUUCUAAUAAAACACCUUCAUAUUGGG